UUUAAUGGAAGACGGACAUCAAACAAAAGAAGCGUCUGGACGGUGGGAACAAAACGACAUGAUGAAAAUAAUGAUGACACGGGGCACAAAACUGAGGAACAAACAGAUAGAGGGGACAAUCAACAACGUGAAGGAGUCCAGAUAGGUGCUUUGGCGAUCUCCAUGGUCACCAUAAUCCUAGGGCUCGGACUGGGGCUUGGUUUACAACUAGAGGACUGUCGAAACAAAGUGGUUCCCACUACCUCCUGCAAGAACAGAUGCUACGAGCCCUUCGACGAUGAGACACCAGGCUGUCGCUGUGAUACUCAGUGUGUCAUCAACAAUAACUGUUGCUAUGACUUUCAGGAAAUCUGUUUCCAACCAACUCAACAAUGGGAGUGCACCAAACUGCGCUGUGGAGAAACGAGGUUGGCGGAGAGCAGGUGCCACUGCUCUGACGACUGCCUGGGUGCUGGUGACUGUUGUACCAACUUCAAACAUGUCUGUCAAGGAGAGACAGAAUGGGUGGCAGAUGACUGUGUGGAUUUGGCGAGCCCUAAAUGUCCAGCGAACUUUAAACUGCAGCCGCUGCUCCUCAUCUCACUGGACGGCUUGAGAGCAGAGUAUCAACAAACAUGGAGUUCCCUCAUCCCCGUCCUAGACAAACUGAGAACCUGUGGCACCUCUGCGCCUUACAUGCAGCCUGUGUUCCCCAGCAUUACCUUCCCGAAUCACUACACCAUUGCGACGGGCAUGUACUCCGAGUCCCACGGACUGGUUGACAACAAGAUGUAUGACCCUGUGUUCAACGCUUCCUUCAGUCUGUCAAACGACGAGAAGUCCAACCCCAGAUGGUACUUUGGUCAGCCUAUUUGGCACACUGCCAGUUACCAAGGACUGAGAGCAGGAACGUAUUUCUGGCCUGGCUCAGAUGUCAAAAUCAAUGGCAGUUUCCCAGACAUCAACUUAGACUACAACGGAAAAAUACCUUUUGAGGAGAGGGUCUUCACACUCCUGAAGUGGCUACAGUUGCCAGAUAAUGAGAGGCCAGAUUUCUUCACGUUGUACCUCGAGGAGCCGGACAAGUCGGGGCACAGCUUUGGUCCUGUCAGUGGAGGGUUGAUCGAGGCUCUCACUGGAGUGGACAAGGUCAUUGGUCAACUGAUGAACGGACUCAAACAGCUGAACCUGCAUCAGUGUCUCAACAUCAUCAUCGUAGCUGACCACGGUAUGGAGGACACAAGUUGUGACAGGAAGGAAGUCCUCCAGGAUCUACUCCAGGUGGAAAAUGUUCGUGAUCUAUAUGUCUACGAGGGACCUUUUGGGAGAAUUAGAUCCAAUGACAAAAACCAACCCUUGGACUCGGCCCGACUUGUAGCCAACAUGACGUGCAAGAAGAACGGUCAGAAGGUCAAGCCCUACCUGAAAAACCAUCUGCCCAAGCGGUUCCACUAUGCAAACAGUAGACGCAUUGAGGACGUCAGCGUGAUAGUCAACCCAGGAUGGCUGUUCGAGAGAUACCCAGGGUCUUUGACCUUCUGUGCAGGUGGAGCUCAUGGGUAUGACAAUGAUGAUGCCAGUAUGCAUGCUAUGUUCUUAAGCUAUGGACCCAAGUUUCAUUAUAAAACCGAAAUAGAACCAUUCUCCAAUAUUGAGCUCUACAAUCUCAUGUGUGAUGUGUUGGGGAUCUCCCCAUCCCAAAACAAUGGAAGCCACGGCAGUAUGAACCAUCUCCUGAGGACUCCCUGGCACACUCCCAUACACCCUGCAGAGCAAACAACCCCUGGGCAGUGCCCUCUGGUGAUCCUUGAACCCACAGAUACCCUGGACUGCACAUGCACCUCCCUGGGUGUAACUAAUCCAAAUAGUCGUCUGAAUCUGACAGCUGCUGAAGUGAAAGCUGUUGAGCAGAAGCACAUGUUGUUUGGAAGACCAAUAAUGCAGCAACCCAGCAAUGACUACUGCUUACUGUAUCAUCAGGGCUUUGUCAACGCCUAUAGCAAAAAAUUCCUCAUGCCAGUGUGGAACUCAUAUACUUUGGACAAACCUGAAAACAUGGACCCUUUGCCAGCAGUCACACCAGACUGUCAGAGGGCUGAUGUCCGCAUCCCGGCAGAUAAAAGUCCCAGAUGUGACCAGUAUGCUUCAGCCAGGAACAUUACCCACGGUUUCCUCUACCCUCCCAAUCUCAACAAGACAGCAGAGGAGGAGUAUGAUGGCCUGUUGAUGAGCAAUGUUGUACCCAUGUAUCCUGAGUUUAAGAAGAUCUGGGAUUACUUCCACACUACAUUGCUGAAAAAAUAUGCCAGUCAAUAUAAUGGCAUUAAUGUGGUGACAGGCCCGGCAUUUGACUACAACUACGACGGACAGUUUGAUUCUCAAGACCAGAUAGAACAGUUUGUAACAGGUACACAGAUUCCAAUCCCAACCCAUUACUUUGCAGUUCUCACCAGCUGUAAGGACUCGCAACCAGUGAGCAGCUGUAACAAUGAGCUACAGACCGUUUCCUUCUUGAUACCACACAAAGCGGACAACUCAGAGAACUGUAAUAAUGGUGACACGGCAUCUCUAUGGGUUGAAGACCACCUGUGGUUCCACCAAUCACGUGUCAGAGAUGUAGAGUGGCUCACAGGAUUGGAUUUCUAUCAAGGCAGCACCAGGCCUAUCCCGGAACUUCUAAAAGUAAAGACUCGCCCAACUGCUGCCAUUCACAGAAGACCUUGAAAUGAAUGACCUUUUGAAAUAUACAUGUAUUGGUAGAGGUAUUUGAUAAUUAUAAAAACAUACAUUUUAUUUAGUUUGUCUAGUGUGGGUAUUUAUCCACUUAAUAAAUAUUUCAUGAUUCAAAUCAA